AUGAUAGUUACAAAUUUCAUCAUGGAUGCAGCAAUCGAUCUUUCAGAUGCUUCCAAAGCUCUCGAUUUGGCUAAUAUCCGUUUUCAACUCAUCCGUCUCGAAGACACCAUAACCUUCCACCUAAUCGAACGAGUCCAAUUCCCCCUCAACCCCACCAUCUACAUCCCCUCGGCGCUCCCCCUCCCCAACACCACCCUCUCCUUCCUCGACUGGCUUCUCCACUCGCGCGAAACCCUCGACUCCCUCAUCCGCCGCUUCCAAUCCCCCGACGAAUACCCCUUCUUCCCGGACGCUCUCAAACCGCCCAUCCUCCAACCCCUCCACUACCCCACCAUCCUCCACCCCAACACCGUCAACGUCAACGCCCAGAUAAAAGACCACUACAUCCGCACCUUCCUCCCAAAAGCCUGUCUCCAAACCGGUCGUUCGGACCGCGGCGAGCGCGAAGAAAACUACGGGUCCGCCGCAACAUGCGAUAUCAACUGUCUGCAAGCGCUCUCUCGACGCAUCCACUUUGGAAAGUUCGUCGCGGAGUCCAAGUUCCGCGCCGAGGAAGAAGCCUUUACGAAAAUGAUACAAGCGGGAGAUCGCGAGGGUUUGGGCCGCGCCAUCACGAAUGAGAAAGUGGAGUUGCAGGUGUUGGAGAGGUUGAGAUUGAAGGCGCGAACGUAUGGGACGGAUCCCAGUUUGAACAAUGGGAAUGCGAAUGGAGAGGAACCACAAGGGAAGAUUAAUGUAGAGGCUGUAGAGGGGUUGUAUAGGGAUUUUGUAAUUCCGUUGACCAAGGUGGUGGAGGUGGAGUAUUUGAUGCAGAGGUUGGAGAAGAAGGAGUAG